AUGGAAAGUGGCAACAGUGACUCAAAAUAUGAUGCCCUAUGGGGUACCAAGGUACAGAAUAAUGAGAAAUUACUCCAGAAUAGAUUGCCAACAGUGAUAAAUGGGUUUCUAGCACCAGAACACGAGACAGCAUACCAAGUUAUGUACAGGAUAGCAGAAAUCACAUCUAAUUUAAGAAUGAACAACUUAACGCCACCUUCUGGAAGGAUGAGAUCACCUUCUCCGCCGCCAGUGUACGAUAGUCGUGGUAGAAGAACUAAUACUCGCGAACAACGUUACAAGAGAAAGCUAGAAGAAGAAAGACACCGUCUAGUGGAAAUAGCGCUAAAGAUGAUUCCUCAUUUCGUGGCACCCGAGGAUUAUAGAAGACCUACCAAAUUCCAAGACAAGUACUACAUUCCCACGGAGGAUUAUCCUGAUAUCAAUUUCGUAGGGCUAUUACUUGGACCUCGUGGUAACACGUUGAAAAAGCUCCAACAGGAGUCAGGAUGUAAGAUAUCGAUCAGAGGUCGUGGAUCGGUUAGGUCAGGUAAGGCAACGACAGAUCUUCCGAAGGGUGCUGCUGAUAUGAAUGAGCCCUUACAUUGUAUCAUCAUCGCUGAUACGGAAGAAAAGAUCCCAUUGGGUAUCAAAGCAUGCGAAAGUAUCGUUGUUAAGGCCAUCACGUCUCCAGAGGGCCAGAACGACUUGAAGCGGGGACAGUUGAGAGAAUUGGCAGUAUUGAAUGGUACUUUAAGAGAGGAUAAUUACGUACAAACGUUUGGACGGAAAAGACUUGGCACUGACGUGCCUUCGGAUACGGCUAAGCGUUUUAAAAGAGCAGAAUCUGGCAUUCCUGAUCCAAGUAGACUUCCUGUUUCUAAAUCUCCUUCGAGAGCAUCGUCUGUAUCCACAGUUGAUUCACAGAGCCAUACGGUCGGACAGGGUCGUACGGCGUCUCCAGCUCCUGCGUCUCCAGCAGUGCAGCUAGACUCAACACCAUUUGCUGCAAACACCCCACCUGGGAUUACCCCUACACCUGCUACACCAGGCCUCUCAGCGCCUGGAAUGCAAGCGCCUGGAAUGCAAGCUCCUGGAAUGCAAGCUCCAGGUAUGCAAGCUCCAGGUAUGCAAGCUCCAGGUAUGCAAGCUCCUGGUAUGUCAGCUCCUGGUAUGUCAGCUCCAGGAAUGUCAGCUCCUGGUAUGUCAGCUCCAGGCAUGUCAGCUCCUGGUAUGUCAGCUCCAGGUAUGUCAGCUCCUGGUAUGUCAGCUCCAGGUAUGUCAGCUCCAGGACUAUCAGCACCGGGGACACAACCACCUAGAUUACAACCACCUGGAAUGCAAGCUCCCAGUACAACUUCAUCAACAAAUUCAAAUAGCAUAAAUCCAACACAGGAAUCUCAGUAA